AUUUGAAGUUAGUACUAGUAAUAGACUAAUACAUGUAAAGUGAUAAAGUUAUCUCUUUUACUGUUUUAGACUUCAAAGAAAAAAACAGAUGUUAGGUUGAGACAAUACAGUCCAACUCGACUUAUCAAUGCCUAUCUGGCUGUCAAGGAUAUGGGUAUUAGUGUCCGUAAGGCAGCGAAGAAAUAUAGUGUCCCCGUCCAAACUCUUCGUGACCGCGUGAAAGGGAAAGUUGAUAUGGAGAAGGUCACUAUGGGACCAGCACCUUUAUUAGGACAGGAAGAAGAAGCCAUGCUAGUGUCCCACUUGAAGGAAAUGGCAGCACUGGGGUAUGGAUACACACGACAAGAAGUGACUAACAUUGCAUCAGAUUAUGCAAUUCAACUUGGUAAAAAGACUAAACAACAGAAACCCCUCACACUUAAAUGGUUUAGAGGAUUGAUGAAGCGGUGGCCAGACUUGAAGGUUGUAAAGCCAAGAGCCUUAGAGUACCAACGAGCAAAAUCAGCAAAUCCAGGAAAUGUGAAAAAGUACUUUGACGAACUUUCAACUAUUCUUAAGAAAUACAGUUUAUUGGACAAACCCCAUAGAAUAUUCAACAUUGAUGAGAAAGGAAUUACCCUUAAUCAUGUGCCUCCUCAUGUAGUAUCGGGCACCGGACAAACUCCACAGGCAGUUACAACAGGAAAAUCCUCUACAGUCACUAUAUUGGGAUGUGGUAGUGCCUCGGGGGUUGCCAUUCCACCAUAUUUUAUAUUUCCUGGAAUGCGCAUGAGGACAGAGUUGAUGGAAGGCGCAACACCUGGAGCAACUGGUGAUGUAUCAGAGAGUGGUUGGUCUAACUCUGUUAUUUUCCUACAAUAUCUACAGAACCACUUCCUUCAACAUGUUCCUGGUGGACUGCAUGAACCAGUUUUGUUAUUGUUGGAUGGACACAAGUCCCAUGUUUCUGUUGCUGCGGUGGAAUGGGCCAAGGAACACAAUGUUAUACUGCAUGUAUUGCCAGCACACACAAGUCAUAUUCUUCAACCCAUGGAUGUUGGUUGUUAUGGCCCCCUCCAGAAAAUCUAUAACAAUUUGUGUCAUAAACAGAUGAGAGAAACAUCAACAGUUAUAUUGAAGCAGGAUAUUUGUUCGCUAGCAUGCCGUGCAUAUACAAAAGCUCUUUCAGCAGAAAACCUUCAGUCUGCCUUCCGCAAGUGUGGGAUAUACCCAUUUAAUGCUGAUGUAGUCCCAGCAGAAGCCAUGGCACCUUCAUAUGCAAUCUUGACGGUCACCCAUGAGGAAAAUCAAGAAAUGGCAGAGGCAGAUGAGGAUGAUAAUGAUGUUAUAGUUGAGAACAAUAGCUUAAAUUUUUUUGCUGAACGCUCGAGGGAGCUUGUCCAUGUAGAAUCUGAAGGAUCGAGGGCCAAAAAACCACGCAAUACUCUCAGCAAGAUAACAUCAGGCAGAUCAAUUACUGAGCUUGAGGUGUCCAAUAAAAUUAAAGAGCAUGUUUCAUCCAAUAAGAAAUCUACAGGAAAAAGCCACGCAAAUGCAAGGAACAAGAAAACUUCAUGUCGGACUAACAAUGACUCUCAGGAACCUGGACCUUCCUACAUGGGCCCAACGAGUAGUAAGAAGAUAAACACUUCUCAUCAUACUAAGGAUCAUUCUCAGGAACCUGGGUCUACAAACCGAUAUCUUUUAUCCGAAGAUUCCGAAGAUGUUUCCAUUUCUGAGGAAGAACUGUGCUGCAUUUGUAAAAAGUACACACCUGAAGCCGUCCGACAAAGUGCAUCCCUAAUUUUUGUGAAGUGGGUGCAAUGUGAUAUGUGCAGACAUUGGGUUCACUUAAACUACUGCACUGAUAUCAGAGUGAUUCGUAUUGGUGAUCAGUAUAAAUGUCCCCACUGUAAAUAG